AUGGCGAACAUUCAAGCGCAGAUAUCUGCCGAACUACUCAACAGCAAAUCCCUCCGCGUCUCCCAUUCCUGGCUGAAUAACUUCAUCUCCUCAUCGACAGCAUCUCAGCGCGAUGUCCCGCUCUCGGCCAUAGUUCGGACCGCUCUAUUUCGUAUUCUUGCUUCAGAUCUCAGAGAGUCGCUGUCAACAAGGACGCCAUCGUCCCUACUCCCCGUUGACAUAUUCGAUACCUCCGUUCAAGAAAGGCGUCUACAAGGUCCAAUCCCUUUGCAAAUCGUGGAUAUAGAAGACAUCGGAACAAGUUUAUGGAGUCAAGUCGAAGCGAUUGAGCGUAUUGAACGCGGCGAGGCUAUUCGAGGGCGCGAGAUCGUGCGGACAGUCAACGUGGACGAAGACAGUGAGGAGCGCGCAGCACGUGCUGGUAAUAACAGGACCGCAAAUUCAGCAGCAAGCGGAGCUGGAAGCACUAGCAACGGUCCUCAUCGAUUGAUACUACAGGAUGCGGCAGGGACUCGAGCUGUAGGUAUCGAGCUGAAACGCGUCGAAGGCAUUGGGCUGGGUAAGAUACCUAUUGGCGCGAAACUCCUGCUGCGUGAUGCGACGGUCGCCCGGGGUAUGAUUUUACUGACGCCUGAAUGCGUAACCCUGCUUGGAGGCAAGAUUGAGACCUUGGACCAAGCCUGGAAAGAGGGAAGGAAGGCCAAGUUAACGGCUCGGAUUACUGAGAUGGAAAGGUCGCAGGCGUUGUGA